AUGAAAAUAUUAAUAUUAUUAUUACAAAUCAUUGGUCUAUCAAUUGCAUUAUCAAAUAAUCAGUUGAAAUCAUUAGUUCAAUCUAAAUCAUCAAAAUUGAUAUCUUUAACUGAUGAAAAUUUUGAAUCAAUUUUACAAGGUAAAAGAGAUUAUCAUAUAAUUGCAUUGCUAACAUCAUCUUCACCUCAAAUUAAUUGUGUUUUAUGUAAAGAAAUAGGUCCAGAAUUAGAAAUAAUUGCAAAUUCAUGGUUUAAAGAUCAUCCAAAUGGAAUAGAAGAUGAUUUCGAUUUAUAUUUUUUCAAAUCUGAAUUUUUAGAAUCAAGAAAAUUAUUUGGAUUAUUUCAGUUAAAUAACAUACCAAAGAUAUUUUAUUUCCCACCAACUAAUUCAACAGCUAAUAGAAAUUAUGUUUCUGAAAAAGUUGAAUAUCAAUUUUAUCAAGGUGAUCAUAAAGAUUUAAUGAUUCGUUGGUUUUCAGAAUUGACUGGUUAUAAAUUUAAUCUUUACAUCCCAGUAGAUAAGACUAAAUUGGCGAUUCAUGCUAUACUUGGAUUCACUAGUGUUUUCCUCCUUAAAAGAUACAAAAAGUAUGUUUUCAAUGUAUUAAAAUCAAAAAAUACCUGGGGCACAUUAUCUUUAAUUUUAAUAUUAUUAUUUACUACUGGUUAUAUGUUUAAUCAAAUUAGAGGUAGUCCAUAUAUUAUUGAACAUCAAGAUGGAAGAAGAGAAUUUUUCUUACCUGGUCAACAAACUCAAUUAGGUAUUGAAACUCAAAUUAUUUCAUUUGUUUAUGGGAUUUUAAGUAUUUUGUUGAUUGUAUUGAUUAAAAGAGCACCUACUAUUAAAACAGAUUCUAUUAAUUUAUUAUUAGUUUCAAUUAUAUCUGGUUUAAUAUUUGUAAUGUUUAGUACUUUAUUAGCUUUAUUUGGUUUAAAAGGUUUAGGUUUCCCAUAUAGAUUUAUAAGAUUUAUAAAAUUUUAA